ACCAUCCUGGCCAUCACUCGAUCACCUCGCAAUCAUGCCCGAUUCACCACCUCGCCCACCUCCUACUGAGGGCGAGGAGCAUCCAGUGCAAGGCAGCAACGAGGCUAGCAGCUCCAGCUCGGCCUCGUCGUCAUCAAUGCCCUUGCAUAGGGUGACUCAGCGCCAACGACUCAACGAUGGCACCUACAAGGACGUCAGUCCUCAGCAUACACAGCACCAAGACGACGACAGGCCACGAUCUGCACCCUCGUCGCCACCAGCAUCAGCAUCAGCAUCAGCCUCGACGUCUGGGUCCUCGCCACCACGACAGCGUCAACCUCCCCUCUCAUCCUCAGCAUGGUCAUCUCUGCAAGAUCGAUUGCCACCUAGCGUCCCGCAGCGAGCGCCCCAGCAGACAAGCCCAAACCAGGCACUGCCUUUCUUCCCCGUGCUCGGAAGCUCGCGCACAAGCACCAGCGCCGAAAGCGCCGCCAGUGGCAGCUCUGCUAGCUCCAGCCCUCGCCGCGCCUUCCUCCCUCUGCCAAGGCGGAUGCUCCCACCCGGCCUUGGCUUGCCCGUCCCUCCUCCUCAUUUCGCCCAACAAGCAGCUGCCGGAUCAGGACCAACAGACAUCUUCUCUCGCCCCUCCGCCGGUGGUGGCGGCCCAACCCCCAGCAUUCCCUCUCUCGGACGCUCUUCACAAGAAGGCCUACGGCCCCCACUUAUCCUCCCAGCACCAAGUACGGUCAUCCCGACUCCGCGUGGAUUGCUGCCCGCGCCAGGGUCGACAUUGGCUGCGCUACUCACGGACAUACUUGGAAUAGGCAGUAGGCGGGCAGCUACCGGCGUGAGGGAGGCGAAUCAUGAUGUUGCCCCGACGCCGCCUACGCCACUGGGCGGGACACAGAUUGUUGUGCAGGGGGCAAUGAUUUCUAGGCCAUUGCCGGGAGCGGCAGCUGGAGCAACAGCUGAAGCAGCACCGCAGACGACGGCAGAAAGCUCUACAGGUCCGCAACCUGCUUCGGCAUCAGCGGAAUCCUCCGGCUCAGCGCAGAACACAAACUCAUUCGCCGACCAAGCCGCGCCUAGCACCUCCGCGGGGGGCGAUACGACUCGCAGCGGUGGCGAGACCGAUGACGGCCCUGCCGAAACGAGCAGAGGCACGAUGCUCGCGACAAUGGACGAGCAGGCUAAUAUGCUCACCCGUCUUCUAUCGAUCGCCGCGGCUGCGACGGCCGCUUCGCUCAUCUUGAACGGCAGCCAACGCACUCCGACAGAUGGGGCUGCGCAACAAGGAGCGGCAGCAGCGGCGACAGGACAGUCUACGACGGCUCCAGCUACGAUGCAAGCACCGUCUUCUUCCUCAAGCCCUGCGCAGAGGGACAGCGAUCGUCCCUUCCUCCUCCCUGGUCUCCGCGUCCCCCGUUCUUUCAGCUCUAUUGCCUCUCGCUUCCGCAACUGGACAUCACGCCGCGGCUCCUCCCCUGCUGCGCGGUCGCCGACCCCCUCUCAGUCCGCUCGUCAGCCUGGCACUGAGGAAGAAGCUGAAGUGGAACGUCACAUCGGCUCCAGCAGCAGCACGGCCCAACCCGUACCCGAAAGGGUGGCGAGCAUGGCGCAACGUCACCCUGAGAUGACUUUGAGCGAGAUGAUUCAUGAGGCUAUCAGGGAGGAGAGCAGAAGGCAUGAGAAUGCGGGCGGCGAAACGGAUGCAGAGCAGGCAGGCGAGGCAGAGGACGAGGGGCGCGAAGCGACAGAGGAGGAGUUGACGGCUACUGCUACUGCCGCGGCCGAGGCUGCCGCAGACGGCGUACGCAAUGAGGACCGAAUGGACACGGAUCCCCCUACUGCCCCAGCGGCCACGGCCGAGCCUGAGUCAGAGGCGGAGUCGCAACCACAACCAGCAACAGCUCCCACGCUUCCCGAGCACCUGCAGAACGUGCUGCGCUCUGUGAGGGAAAACAGGCUUCAUCCUGGCUCGGAGGGUUCAUUCGAGCGCUGGCUUACGGAUUUGGGUGGGGAUCUCGUGUCGGCGGUCAGGGGAAUGCAUGGCGGGAGCGAAGCGUCUUCGACAUCGUCAGCGACGCAGGCAGCAUUGGCAUCCGCAACGUCAUCUACCACCGCAUCUGGUCCCACUACCACCGCGCCUGCCGGGGAGCAAUCGACCGAUCCGUCUCCGCCCGCUCCGACGCCUGCACCAGCCGCAGAGUCAGCAGAUACCAUCCAGCCCUCCUUGCUCCCCUCUUCAGGCUUAGAGGAGCGACGCCGCGAAUGGCAACAAGCAGCGCGUCGUGCGGCAGACGUGGAGAGCGGGAACCUCAGUUUCUUCCGACUGUUCAGGUUCGACGAGGCGACGGAUGCCAGUCAAAGGCGGACGGACACCGCUGCUGCAGGAAGUGGAAGCAGCGAUGCUGGCGCUCAUGAGGGGAGCAAUGCUGCUGAAGGCCAGGGGCAGAGAGAUGGCACCGCGGCGCCGCUUGUCCCCACGGUCGUGGUGGGCGUCAGAUCCAACUUUACGCCUCCAGCCGGAGCGGCCCAAGCUGCGGCGCAGGACGGCGUCAACGGCACUACGCAGCCCGAGACGGCCCAAUCGCAACCGCCGCAAAGCACUAAUGACGCCAACACCACCUCAGCGUCGGGCGCCCCAUCCGGCUCGCCACCGAGCAACCCCCUCCCCACGCCAGGGUCAGCUCCCCGAUUCCUCCUCUUCGUCUCUGGCGGUCACUAUUCCCCUUCCCAUCCCCUUCUCUCCGCCCCUCGAUCCCUCGCUGCGCGGGAAUUCCUCAUGCUUAUGGAGGUCUUGGCGAACAUCAAUGGCGGCGGAGCGGGGAUGGGUCCGGGCGGAAAGGCGAAGGACACGAUUAGUAAGGAAGAGCUGGAGAAGCAUGCGGCCGGUGUGAGAACUUGGAGUGAGAUCAAGGAGAAGAGCGUGGGACAGGAUGCUGAGCCGGGCGCUACCACAACCACUACCGCUGGUGCUCCCUCGCCCUCGUCCACUAGCAUGAAGGAAACGCCGACUCUCGCCCUUCGAGCAGGUGAUCGAUGCGGGAUUUGCCUAGAGGAGUGGGCGGACGAAGAUCGAUGCCGCGUAUUGGAGGGGUGCAGGCACGUCUAUCACCAGGGUUGCGUGGACGAGUGGCUGAUGGGGAGCAGUAAUACCUGCCCGUUGUGUAGGGAGGUUGGAGUCAAGAUCGAGAGAAGUCCAACAGGGCAAGCAGCAAGCGGGAGCGGUGGAUAGGCGACAUAUGGCUCUCGGCAUUAGAGAUACGCGACUCGACAUGCGAAACAUUAGGCAGGAUUACACUGAAGCAUCUGUAUCAUUUUCCCUUCUCCCUCAUUCUCAUCGAAUCGAUCUCCCUUCCCUCCCAAUCGAGUCCCAAUUGGCUGCUCGUCGUAACAUCAGGUCGGCCUACCCAAUCCAAGUCAAGAGAGCUAGCUCCAUAUUGGGCGCAGUAGCCAAGGAUCGAGGCUUACUCUUACC